AUGCAGCCCGCCAUGAUGAUGUUCUCCAGUAAGUACUGGGCACGGAGGGGCUUCUCGCUGGACUCGGCCCUGUCGGAGGAGCGGCCCGCCGGCGGCAGCCUCACCCUAAACAGGUCAAGUUCUGGGAAAAAUGAGGACAAAAAAGGGAAUAAGGGAAAUGGAAAAGGUGAAUCUGCUUCUGAAAGUGGAAAGACAGCUGUGGUGUUCUCUUUGAAGAAUGAAGUUGGUGGAUUGGUGAAAGCUCUCCGACUGUUCCAGGAGAAGCACGUGAGUAUGGUUCAUAUUGAAUCACGAAAAUCGAAGAGGAGGAACUCGGAGGUGGAAAUCUUUGUGGACUGCGACUGCAGUAAGAAAGAAUUUAAUGAACUGAUCCAGUUGCUCAAGUUUCAAACUAACAUCGUUUCUCUCAAUCCCCCAGAAAACAUCUGGACUGAUGAAGAAGAUCUCGACUGCGUCCCUUGGUUCCCCAGGAAGAUAUCUGAGUUAGACAAAUGCUCACAGAGAGUUUUGAUGUAUGGAUCUGAGCUGGAUGCAGACCACCCUGGAUUUAAAGACAAUGUCUAUCGACAGAGAAGAAAGUACUUUGUGGAUGUUGCCAUGAGCUAUAAAUAUGGUCAACCCAUUCCCAGAGUGGAGUACACAGCUGAAGAAAUUAAAACCUGGGGGGUGGUGUUUAGGGAACUCAGUAAGCUCUAUCCCACCCAUGCCUGCCGUGAAUAUUUAAAGAACUUCCCUCUGCUGACCAAGUACUGUGGAUACAGAGAGGAUAAUGUGCCUCAGCUGGAAGAUGUUUCUGUUUUCCUUAAAGAAAGGUCUGGCUUCACAGUGAGACCAGUUGCUGGGUACCUGUCCCCACGGGAUUUCCUGGCUGGCUUAGCCUACAGAGUCUUUCACUGCACUCAGUACGUCCGGCACGGCUCAGACCCUCUCUACACACCAGAACCGGACACAUGCCAUGAACUCUUGGGACACGUGCCCCUGCUUGCUGAUCCCAAGUUUGCACAGUUUUCACAGGAGAUAGGACUUGCUUCCCUGGGAGCAUCUGAUGAAGACGUUCAGAAAUUAGCCACUUGCUAUUUUUUCACAAUUGAGUUUGGCCUUUGCAAGCAGGAAGGACAGCUCCGUGCUUAUGGGGCAGGACUUCUCUCAUCCAUUGGGGAGUUAAAGCAUGCUCUCUCUGACAAGGCCAACGUGAAAGCAUUUGAUCCAAAGACAACCUGCUUGCAAGAAUGCCUUAUCACUACUUUCCAGGAAGCUUACUUUGUUUCAGAAAGUUUUGAAGAAGCCAAAGAAAAGAUGAGGGACUUUGCCAAGUCCAUCAACCGUCCCUUCUCGGUGUAUUUCAAUCCCUACACGCAAAGCAUUGAGAUCCUGAAGGAUACCAGGAGCAUAGAGAACGUGGUGCAGGACCUGCGCAGCGACCUGAACACCGUCUGCGAUGCUUUGAGCAAGAUGAACAGAUACUUAGGCAUCUGA